AUGUCUUCUCCGACUUACCUAAAAGUAAAAAAGAAGGCAACGUCUUCUCCGGCUCCCACACCUUCUCCACCUACUAAUGCUUCGUCUUUGUCGCCGCCACCUACGAAUACUUCCUCUCCAACGCCAGCGACUCCGACUCCGGUAGCUCCUGUCGCCUCUCCACCGCCUCCCCCUACUAAUUCUUCACCUCCUCCGGCGUCUUCAACAACCUCUCCUCCCCCUUCAUCUUCCCCAGUUGCUUCGUCUCCACCGUCUCCUGCGUCAUCGACUACUACAUCUCCACCUCCGCCUUCUUCCACUGGGAAAACUCCCUCGACACCCACAAGUCAUUCUUCGCCGCCGCCGCCCCAUUCUUCUUCUUCUUCAUCCAGUUCAUCUUCUCCCGCUGUAUCAACGGGUCUUGUCGUUGGAAUUGCCAUUGGUGGAGUCGUUAUGCUAGUUUUCUUGAGCUUACUAUUCAUCUGUUGUAAGAAGAAAAGGAGGAGGGAUCAUCAUGUACCCGAAGAUUACUACUACGGUCCGCCCCCACCCGGGCCGAAAGAUAGACCUUAUGGUGGGCAGCCUCAACAUUGGCAGCACAAUGCUCCUCCUCCAGGGGACAAUGUUGUCACGAUGCCUCCAAAACCCUCUCCUCCUCCAGCAUAUGCGUCACGACCACCACAUUCACCAGCUCGUACUCCCACACCCCCGCCUCCUCCUCCAGCAUAUGCGUCACGACCGCCACAUUCACCAGCUCGUACUCCCAUACCCCCGCCGCCUCCUCCACCAUUUAUGAACAGCAGUGGAGGGUCAGAGUCAAAUUAUUCAGGAACUGAGAAUCCACUACCAUCACCAUCUCCUGGCAUUUCCUUGGGUUUCUCAAAGAGCACAUUCACUUAUGAAGAAUUAGAGAUGGCAACAGAGGGCUUCUCGGCUGCCAACAUGUUAGGACAAGGAGGUUUUGGAUAUGUCCAUAGAGGGGUUCUUCCAAAUGGGAAAGAGGUUGCGAUUAAGUCACUAAAAGCUGGUAGCGGGCAGGGGGAUCGUGAAUUUCAGGCAGAGGUUGAGAUUAUUAGUCGAGUACAUCACAAACAUCUUGUUUCAUUGGUAGGAUAUUGCAUUGCUGGAUCCCAAAGAAUGCUUGUCUAUGAGUUUGUUCCAAACAACACAUUGGAGUUCCACUUACAUGGGAAGGGGCGGCCAGUAAUGGACUGGCCCACUAGACUAAAAAUUGCUCUAGGUGCUGCCAAAGGACUUGCAUAUCUCCAUGAAGAUUGUAGUCCUAAGAUUAUUCAUCGUGAUAUCAAGGCAGCUAAUAUUCUCCUUGAUUUUAAAUUUGAGGCAAAGGUUGCAGAUUUUGGGCUUGCCAAAUUCUCAUCUGAUGCCAAUACUCAUGUCUCCACCCGAGUAAUGGGAACCUUCGGGUAUCUGGCUCCAGAGUAUGCGGCAAGUGGGAAACUCACAGAUAAAUCCGAUGUCUUUUCUUUCGGUGUUAUGUUGCUAGAGUUUAUUACUGGGCAUCGUCCUGUUAGUUCAACUCAUACAUUCGUGGAUGAUAGCUUGGUAGACUGGGCAAGACCUUUACUUACACGAGCUCUAGAAGAUGGCAACUAUGACACCCUUGUUGACCCACGGCUGCAGAAGGAUUACAACCCCUCUGAGAUGGCACGCGUGGUGGCCUGUGCAGCUGCUUGUGUGCGUCAUUCUGCAAGACGGCGGCCACGCAUGAGCCAGAUUGUCCGGGCCUUGGAAGGAGACAUGUCCCUCUCCAGUUUGAAUGAAGGCCUUAGACCUGGACACAGCACCAAUUAUGGUUCAUAUGGAAGCUCAGAUUAUGACACAAACCAGUAUAAUGAAGACAUGAAGAAAUUCCGGAAGAUGGCACUUGCUAGUCAGGAAUACGGAAGCAGCGAAUACAGUGGACCAACUAGCGAGUAUGGUUUGCAUCCAUCUGGGUCGAGCAGUGAGGGCCAGCAAACCACGCGAGAGAUGGAGAUGGGAAAGAUGAAGAAAGACAGUCGAGGAUUCAGCGGAAGCUCUUGAAGAUUGGUGCCUGUAAAAAUCCUCUCUCUAUUCAAAUAUGCUACACCUCCACUUGUGUGUUGUCUUUAAUUGCGAGAAUUACAACCAACUGGUGUGACUGCGAGGUAUUUAACACCAUUGGUUUUUCCUUCCUUUUUUUUUUUUUUAUUACUACAAGCUGGUAAAAUCUCAUAUUGAUUAUUUUA